ACAUUGUAUACCUUUUACCAAGUCAAACACUGCUCAAGCGGCAAGCACCAUAAGAGCUCAACCAUAAUGAACAAAGUGCGUCUGCUGUGACUUGUCUCUGUCUUGCCUCUUUGGAGCCCUCUGCCUCAAACUGUUUGCAUAAGUACCCAUUAGUCGCUCUGGUGUAUUUUAGCUUUCUGUUUUGUUGUUGAUUAAGAAAAUGGCCAACAUUUCUGUGCUCCUUUGUUUGGUCAUUACCAUCCUAGUAGCUUCUGGGUUUGCUUAUGGUUCUGGUUAUGAACCAAAGGAGAAGGUUGGUGUUUAUGAGCUCAAGAAGGGUGAUUUGUCUGUCAAAUUCACCAAUUGGGGUGCAACUAUCAUCUCCCUAAUCCUGCCUGACAAACAUGGAAAGCUGGCAGAUGUUGUUCUUGGGUAUGAUUCAGUGAAUGAGUACAAGAAUGAUACUUCAUACAUCGGUGCUAUUGUCGGACGCGUUGCUAACAGAAUCGGUGGCGCUCAAUUUACUUUGAAUGGAACCCAUUACAAGUUAGUUGCUAAUGAAGGAAAAAACAUGCUUCAUGGUGGGCUUAGAGGAUUUAGUGAUGUUGUUUGGAAAGUGAAGAAGUACAAGAAUGAAGGUCAUACUCCUUCCAUUGUCUUCACUUAUCAUAGUGCUGAUGGGGAACAAGGGUUUCCUGGAGAUGUUAUUGUCACUGUCAGCUACACACUCCUUGGAGACAAACAAUUGAUCGUGAAAAUGAAAGCAAAGGCCCUAAACAAGCCAACUCCAGUGAAUCUAGCUCAGCACACUUACUGGAACCUUGGCGGCCACAAUAGUGGUGACAUUCUCUCCCAACACAUCCAGAUCUUUGCAUCCAAAAUCACUCUGGUAGAUAGUGGUCUCAUCCCCACCGGAAAAUUUGCAUCCGUGAAAGGCACACCCUAUGAUUUCCUCAAGCCUCAAGCAGUUGGAAGCAGGAUCAACAAGCUUACGGCAACCAAAGGUUAUGACAUCAACUACGUGCUUGAUGGCCCAGCUGGCAACAAGUUGAAGCGCGCCGCGGUGGUGCAUGACAGCAAGUCAGGAAGGAUGAUGGAGCUCUCAACAAAUGUUCCCGGUAUGCAGUUCUACACAAGCAACUAUCUCCAGGAUGUGAAGGGGAAAGGUGGGUUUGUAUACCAACCACGUGCAGCAUUGUGUUUGGAAACUCAGGGAUUUCCUGAUGCUGUGAACCACCCUAAUUUCCCUUCAACCAUUGUGACUCCAACAAAGUCCUAUAGGCAUUAUAUGCUGUUCAAGUUUUCAACUACAGCUUAACCAUAUGUUCACAUCCCUUUGCUUCGUGAGUUCAAUAACAAAAGGAGGAGCAUGCAAUAACUGUUUCAUUUGUAGUGGAUGAGGAAAUGUCAAGCUUUAAAUUUGCUUUUUGUUCUUCCAAUUCUUGUAAAACUAGGCACCGGC